AUGGAGGAGAGAAGUGAAAAUGGUGAGAAAAUAGAAGAAAUCAUGUUACCAGGGUUUCGGUUUCAUCCUACGGACGAGGAGCUUGUUGGGUUUUAUCUAAAAAGGAAGAUCCAGCAAAGGCCACUCUCCAUUGAACUCAUCAAACAAUUGGAUAUCUAUAAACAUGAUCCAUGGGAUCUGCCAAAGUUGGCUAUGACGGGAGAGAAAGAAUGGUAUUUUUACUGUCCAAGGGACCGGAAAUACCGCAACAGUGCACGGCCGAACCGUGUGACAGGAGCUGGAUUCUGGAAGGCUACAGGUACAGACCGACCGAUCUACGCUUCUGAAGGUUCAAAAUGUAUUGGCUUGAAGAAGUCACUUGUGUUCUACAAAGGAAGAGCUGCGAAAGGGAUCAAAACUGACUGGAUGAUGCACGAGUUUCGGUUGCCUUCCCUCACGGAUCACACGACUCCUAGCAAACGUUUUCUUGAGAAAACCAUUCCUGCCAACGAUUCAUGGGCAAUCUGUAGAAUAUUCAAGAAAGCAAGCUCAACUGCACAAAGAACCCUAUCUCAUUCUUGGGUAUCUCCAAUCUUGCCAGAAACCACUUCAUCUGAUCACAACAUCCUUACUCAACAUGGCAUAUCUAGCAAUGACUUUCAACAUUCAUCCAUCACUAGCUUCUCUCCUAACAUGGACCAUACUGGUAGUAACAAUAUGCCUGUCUACAAACCUUUUAAUAUUGACCCAACAGUACCUCCUACGGUUACAACUACGAACAAUAAACCCCCUCAAAAUAAUUCCAUUUCAAGCAGUGAGGACCUUAAUUAUUCCACAAGCUAUCCCUUUUUGUUCCAAGAACCUAACUAUGGUUCUAAAUCAUCAACAGUUGAUGCAUCAUCUUUGCUACUUAACAUCCCUAAUUCCAUCUUUGGAGAUUUUGAUAAGGCGUCAGCAGAAGGCUUGGACUACAUCACUAAUGGGCUGCACCAUGAUCAUCAUCAGCAAUAUAAUUACAAUGGCUGCUGCUUUUCAAUCACUAACUUACCUGUUGAAAUACAAGAAAACUGUGUUCAAGAACAAGAAGGGACAGCGAGCAUGACAACGAUGAAGGGUCCAGGUCCCACCACCACCGAGACAGUCGACACGCAUUUCGAGGACCAGUGGGGGAGAUCAAUAUCUAGUGGUGGGUACCCUUUCAUGAGUUUGCCAUUGGGGUUGCAAGAUGCAUGGAAAUCUAGUUUUCUUUGUGAUUCUUCUAGUGAGAUAUCAUCUAGUUUUUCAACUACUAACAAGUGCUAUAUAUAA